AUGGCUAUGGCUUUGAGUGAGGCGACGCUCCCCAAUGCCAGUGGAGACCACGGGAACUCUGCCUUAAAGAAGUCACUUAAGGAUUCAUCAAAGAUGUCGUUGAGAGACCUUCCAAUGGACAACUGGAUGGGCCAUUUACCAUGUGAAUUGUGGGAUAUCCCUCUCUGUAAUUUGGCAAUUCCAGGCAGCCACAAUGCUAUCACUUACUGUCUGGAUAAGAAUGACCAUUCCCCAAUGGACCUGACCCAGCCGGACAUGCUCCAGAAACUGGACAAAUACAUGAAGCCUCUCAUUCGGCCGUUUGUUUACAAGUGGGCUGUAGCACAGGAGUCCAGUGUGAAGGAGCAGCUGGACGGUGGGGUCAGAUACUGUGACCUAAGGAUCGCACAUCGCCCCAAUGACAGCUCCACUGACCUCUAUUUCUACCAUGGGGUAUACACUACAAUAACCGUAGAGACGGUACUAAAGGAGAUAAGGGAAUGGCUUGAUGGACAUCCCAGAGAAGUGGUCAUCCUGUCAUUCAGUCACUUUUUGGGUUUAAACCAAGAGCUUCACUCCUCGCUCAUCUCCACCAUAAAGAAUGUCUUCUCCUCUAAACUGUGCCCCAAAACGGAAGCUGUAACAUUGCGUAAUUUGUGGAAUCAGGGACACCAGGUGAUUGUCUCCUAUGAGCACAACAUUUCCAACCGCCACAAUGAUCUCUGGUCCCACAUCCCUUACUGGUGGGCUAAUAAGUGCAAAGCAGAGGCCUUAAUUGAGGAGUUUGAACGCAGGAAACAAAACGGACGCCCAGGGGGUUUCUUUGUGAUGGGAAUCAAUCUAACAGAAGACUUGAAGUACAUCUGUUCGCAUCCCACCGAGUCAUUGAAGGAUAUGGUGAUGUCCACCAACCCAACCCUGCUCCACUGGGUCGGCCAGCAGAGACCUGGAGCCAAUGCUGGCUCUGUCAACAUUAUCGCAGGGGACUUUGUGACGGAGGGCAGCUUUAUCCCCUCUGUUGUCGGACUGAACGAGAACCUAAUGAACAGAGCAUCUUGA